AUGGCAGGAGUGAACCAGACGACUUUCUUUGGGUUCCUCCUCUGAGGACUCUCAGAGCAGCCAGAGCAGCAGCACAUCCUCUUCCUGCUGUUCCUGUGGAUGUAUGUUUUCACUGUGGCUGGGAACCUAUUUGUUGUCCUGGCCAUUGGCACUGACACACAUCUCCACACGCCCAUGUACUUCUUCCUUGCAAUCCUUUCCUGUGCAGACAUCCUUUUCACUUCCACCACUGUGCCCAAGGCCCUGGUGAACAUUCAAUCCCAGAGCAGAUCCAUUUCCUAUGCAGGAUGCCUGGCUCAGCUCUACUUCUUGACAUUUGGGGAUAUGGACAUCUUCCUUCUGGCCACAAUGGCGUAUGACCGCUACAUGGCCAUCUGCCACCCUCUUCACUACAUGAUGAUCAUGAACCGCCAGCACUGCACCCUCCUGGUUACUGUCUACUGGACCCUUAUGAGUCUUGUUGCCUUGACCCACACCUUCCUCAUAUUCUGGCUCUCCUUCUUCUCUGAGAAGAUCAUUCCUGACUUCUUCUGUGAUCUGGGACCUGUGAUGAAGGUGUUCUGCUCAGACACUCGGGUCAAUCAGCUUGUGCUCCUCUUCUUGUGGGGAGCAGUCACUUUAAUCCCCUUUAUGCUCAUCCUGGUCUGUUACAUCCACAUCUUUUUAGCCAUCCUGAGGGUCCCCUCUGCCCAGGGAAGGUACAAGGCCUUCUCUACCUGUGGGUCCCACCUUGUUGUUCUUGCCCUCUGUUUUGUGACAGUGAUCAGAGCUUAUCUUUGCCCCUCGUCCUCAUCCCCCAACUCAGUGCAAGAGGACACAGCUGCUGCUGUCAUGUACACAGUGGUGACUCCCCUGCUGAACCCCUUCAUUUAUAGUUUGUGGAACAAGGACAUGAAAGGAGCCUUGGGAAGACUUCUCAGGGGAAAAGUCUCUUUCUCAUGGGGCAAGUAA